AUGACGAAUCUGUUGGUUCUCGUGCUGCUAUUACUGCAGACAUGGCAGAUCGCCUCAUGGACACCAAAUUUCCAUCUGGGACGGCCAAUGUUCGGCAUGAAAAUCCAUCACAAACUUGAGCAAGACAUGGUUGCUGCAGCACAAGGUGGUUUCGGCGCUAGUGAAGGCUACUUUAUCCAGAAACUCGAUCACUUCAACAAAACCUCGACGGCUACUUGGAGCCAGGUUCAAAAUGAAGCCUACCCAUUUGUUCAAUGGGCCAAAGAGAAAGGAGCCGUGCUGUUCGAUCUCGAGCAUCGUUUCUACGGUAAAAGUCUUCCGACUGCAGACCAGUCGGUGGACAAUCUUCGAUUCUUGAGUAGUCGUCAAGCGAUCGAAGACAUUGCCUAUUUCAUUCAAGCAAUGAAUCAGAAGUAUAACCUCGGCAAUGCAUCGUGGGUUACAUUUGGAGGAUCUUAUUCAGGUGCUCUAUCGCUCUGGGCUCGUCAGCAGCACCCAGAACUUAUUGCUGGAGCCGUCGGCAGUUCAGCUCCAGUUGAGGCUGAAGUUGAUUUUUGGAGUGAGCAUUUCUUGAUUCCAAAAAUUUGGAAUUUUUCGGGUGCGCCGUGCAAUUCUCCUGGACUCGGCAUCGCAGUCCAUGCUUUCGCCCUCUCAGCGGAAUUCAGCCCUAACCAUAAGGACUCCGAUGCCCACCGUUUCACGACAAACCUUUCAUUGACGUACAACGAUAUACAGAACUUCUACUCGACUAUAUACGGUAACUUUCAAGGGGCAGUCCAGUACAGCGGAGACAAUGCGGUCAGUGUUGCAUUCGUACUUGGAUCGUUGGUCAAGUUGUUCUACACCCAAAUAAUUGCUUAG